AUGGAAGAUUCGGUUCAUCGCGAGUGUGGACAAAGUUUCGUUGGAAAUGCACAGGACGAGGAAAAAGGAAAUCAAGUUCCUCUUCCGAAAAUCGGCAGUGAAAUGCCUGUCGACGUCAAAUUAGCUUCAACGGUUGUACCUUUGGUUAAGUCGAUCAACAAAAAACCCGUUAGGCCUUCCAAAGCGCGACCCAACUUCUUUUUGUCGGUCCGCCUUGAUUCCGAAGCGAUACAAGAAAAAUUCGUGGAAUUCUCAACUCACGUGAAUAGUAAAUAUCCGGAGUACAAGAAGUUGCUGAUUGAACCGUGUCAGAUUCAUGUGACUCUCUUUGUUUUUCACCUCGGAAACGGCGAAAUCAUAAAUCAAGCAAAGGAGUGUUUGGCGAAGAGUCAGGAUAUUCUAAAGGAAACUUGUCCGGAUGAUACGUUUGACGGUCGUCGUGUCGUUUACACAUCUCCCGAGGAGACCGACGGACUGGAAUUGUUUACAAAGCUCACCUACUCUCUUCACGAAAAAUUUAAAAAAGAAGGUCUCGUGAGAGGCAACAUUCGCGAAGAAUUCAAACCCCACGCGACUUUGUUAAAAAUCAGAAAACCCUUGAGAGUCAAGUCUCAACAUGGAGGCAUGGAUCGUGUUAUCAAGCAUAUUCCAUCAGAAGUUUAUGAAGGUUUCAAGAGUGAGCAUGAGAUUUGUGACUAUCGUUUGGAUGAUUCGAUGUUGGUCAAUGCUGAUCUUUUUUUGGUCAAUUUCUAG